AUGUCCACUGAAACCAACAUUUCUCCAGCCGAACCUUCCCAGGACAAUUAUGAGUCUCAUGGGCAACAUCCAACAACAUACCUUCGAAGCCGACACCAUCGUAUAUCAAACGACAGCCCAUACUUUUUCCGUUCAUUGAUCUGGGGCAUAUACAAGAACAGGCAAUAUACCGAUUUCGUGAUUCGAGUCAAGGGUUCAGUGACGGAAUUCCAUGUUCAUCGCGCUGUUAUUUGUCCUCAAUCGGGGAUAUUUGAGGCUGCUUGUCGGGGGUCGUUUAUUGAAGCAUCGACGAAUUCUAUAACGCUCACUGAUGAUGAUCCAGAGAUUGUGGAACGGAUGAUUCGGUAUUUGUAUACCCAUCGAUAUGAUGAUGCCGAGGACUGGGGUUAUGACUGUUGCGAUAAUGGAAUUAAGCGGAUAAGACAGCAUUAUUCGGAGAUGGAUACGGGGAUUGAUGAAGACGAUGACACCAACGAUAAUGACGAAGACAGACACAUUUCUCGAUCAAGAAGACAUGGACAUGUGAAUAGCAAUGUCUUAGACAGAAGCAGCAAAGGAAAAUCAUCUCCUACUUCACCCCCCAAAUCACUACAUGUCUACGCCAUCGCGGACAAAUACCUCAUCCACCCACUGAAAGACCUCGCUCAAACACGAUUCACAAACUGGGUAUAUAGUCACUGGUGGACAAUGGGGUUUGUAGCCGCCGCUCGCGAAAUCUUCGACAACGAAACGGGGAACUAUAACGAUCUCAAAGAGGUGAUUUUAUCAACUAUUACAUUACAUGCUGAUACUCUCCUAUGCGGUGGCACGUAUAGUCGCAUGAGAGAUGGGCAAGAGGAGAUGGAUAAAUUCAUGCAAGAUUACAACGAAGUUAGUAUGGAAGUCCUUCGACGGACUCUGGAUAGGACCCGGGUUCGGCAGCGAGGGCUCGAGGUUGGUAUUGCCGAUUUGGAGUCGAGGGUUAAAGCGUUGAGGGUUGAGAAUAAGAAGGUGGCGGUGUUGCAGAGUCGGAAUAACAGCUUGAAUAAGGAGUUGUUGGAUAUUAAGAUGGUGGUAUUGGCGUGGAAGAGGGAUUUGAAGGACUUGAGUAGUUCGAGCACGGGGAGAAGAGGGGGUCAGGACAUUUCACCUAGUUGA